AUGGUUCUCAACCAUUUUCUGCUGCUUCAUUUGGUUUCAGCUAUCGUUAGAAGGAUUAUGGAGAUGCGUCCUUGGCUAGCCAGACAAGAAAGUGAGGAUAAAUAUACUCCAAUGCACCUAGCUGCAUACCAGAACAAGGUCGACGUGCUUACAGUACUGUUGGAACAUGAUCCAUUUUUAGGGUACCUAAUCUCCACAUACGGUUUUCCUCUUCUUUGUAUCGCGGCAUCUAAGGGCCAUGUUGGUGUUGCUCGAGAGCUGCUUAAGCAUUGUCCCGAUGCUCCCUACUGCGAUGCAAAUGGCUUGACAUGUCUUCAUGUAGCUGUAUUAAAUGGUCAGGCAGAGUUUGUAGAAUAUGUCCUGGGGUCUCAGCAGCUUCACCAUCCUAUAAACAUGGCAGAUAACAGUGGAGAAAGUGCUCUGCAUCUAGCACGGAGGAGAGGGCUAACGUGGAUAGCGUCUGUUCUAGGUGACGGAGAAAAAAAUAUUAACAACAACCCGAUACUUCUUUCCAUGACAUUAAUCUGUAGGUCCAAACAAUGGUUUGCUAAGUAUUAUUUUCUGCAGUAUAUAGGUCAUUAUUCGGAAGGGGGAUAUAGGAAGCUCGCACUGGAGCUGAUAGAAGCAGAGCCCGCCUUAUCGAAAGCUGUGACCAAACGUUAUGAGUCAACCAUGUUUAUCGCGGUAACGAGAGAUUAUGGGGACGUCUUGGAGAAGCUGUUGCAGAUUCCUGAUGCGGCUCAUGGGGGAGCCUAUGGGUACAACGCUCUACAUGCUGCCGUGACAAGUGGUAAUGCAGGUCACUACCGGAUCCGGCUUGUUUGCCGAUGGCCCGCAGCCAUCGGCGAAGUCUGGAUUGCCAUCGGCAAAGGCUUUGCCGAUGGCAAUCCGACGUGGCCGUCGGCAAAGAGCCAUCGGCAGACAUUUCUUCGGCAAAGGGAGGUACAGGAACAGGCAGUGGAACUACCGGUGGUGGAGCGAAGAUCGAGGCAGGAGGCUCCUGCAUUCCCGGGAUCUGGGCCCGGAAGUGUAGGGACAGGUCCGCCAACUGUCUCUGGUAGUGCUGCUACUAUAUGUCCUCAGCUUGGUCACCUAUAUCCUGUUUCUUGCCUUGGUUUUGUUUCAGUUAUGGCUAAAAGGGUUAUGGAGGCACGUCCAUGGCUAGUCAGACAAGGAAAUGAAGAAAAGCGCACACCAAUGUACCUGGCCGCAAUUGAGAACAAGAUUGACGUGCUUAGAGUAUUGUUGGAACAUGAUCCGUCUUUGGGUUAUUUCAUCUCCACAGAUGGUGAUGGUGCUCCUCUUCUUUGUAUCGCAGCAUCUGAGGGCAAUGUUGGUGUUGCUCGAGAGCUUCUUAGACAUUGUCGUGAUCCUCCCUACUUCGACGCAAUGGGUUCGACAUGUCUUCGCAUAGCUAUAUCAUUUGGUCAGGAAGAUUUUGUGAGAAAUGAGGCACCUGUGUCUGCAUGUUCCGGGUGUGCUUGGAACCACUCCUCAGGGGAACACAUCGCCGCCAUCCAUGGCCACGAAGUGUUCUGUAAGGAGGUCCAGGCUCUGAACCCGUCACUCCUCACUGCCAUCAACUCGGACGGCGAGACCCCUCUGCUUGCCGCCGUGGCGAGCGGAUGUCUCUCUGUAGCUUCAGUUUUGCUCAGGUGCUGUCGUGACCAGCAGCUGAGUGGGGCGAUCCUGAAGCAAGACAAGCAUGGAUGCAAUGCGCUGCACCACGCCAUACGCAACGGACACAGGAAGCUCGCGCUGGAGCUGAUACAAGCAGAGCCUGCCCUGUCGCAUUAUGUGAACCAGUACGGUGAGUCACCCAUGUUCAUCGCGGUGAUGAGGAAAUAUGAGGGUGUCUUCGAUAAACUAUUUGAGAUUCGUGAUUCUGCUCAUGAAGGAGCCGAUGGCAUGAAUGCUCUGCAUGCUUCGGUGUGGAACGGUAAUUCAGGGUACCAAGUCUCGACAUUAGGUAACCCUCUUCUUGUUUCUGCCGCAUAUCGUGGCCAUGUUGAUGUUGCUCGGGAGCUUCUUAAACAUUGUCCAGAUGCUCCAUGUUACAAUACAAGAGGCUCGACAUGUCUGCACAUAGCUGUACAGUCUCAACAGACGGAGUUCGUAAAGUUUGUGCUGGGUUUGCCACAGCUUCAGAAACUCGUUAACAUGCGAGAUGAAAAUGGAGACACUGCUCUGCAUGUCGCAGUCCAGAAGUGCGAUCCAAAGGUGGCUGCUUUAUUGCUUCACCGAGACAUUGACAUCGCAGUGGUUAACAACAACGGUUACCCAGUAAACAGGACAUUACCCACCGACCGUGCCAAGACUUUAAAUUGGAAUGAAGUGUCCAUGCGCAUGCUGAAAGCUGAUCCUCAAAGUGCUCCUUCUAUUUUUAAUCUCCUCAAGGACGCCAAGGAUGAAGUGACCAACUUAUCAAGGAAGGAUAUCAUGUCACUGACUCAAACAUACACAGGCAACACUUCCGUAGUGGCGAUCCUCAUCGCUACGAUUACCUUUGCUGCUGCAUUCACUUUGCCUGGAGGAUACAGCACUGAUGCUGGAAACGAGGGGCUUCCCAUCAUGGCAAUAAGGCAUUCUUGA